UGUCGGAGCGGGGCGGCAGCGGGAGCCGCGGACACUGGGCCGCCGCCUUCCCCGCCUCUGCCGAUCGAAGCGGUCCUGCUUCCCGCGGGCCGCAGCCGCCAUGAGCCAGUUCAACUUCGUGUUGAACGAUAUGAAAUCUCUCUUCCUUUUCCUCGGGCAUCUUCCUGGUUACGUUCCCAGCCCCGCCCUCCCGGCCUUUCCGCACUACAUCUCCCUGCGGUACCCGCGGCGCUACGGGGGGAGUUCGGGCUCUUCCGGGAGCUGUGGCUGCGUUCCCCGGGGAGCUGAUUCCGUGCUGCAGGCAUGAGGAGGGUCAACAGCAGCCUGUCCAGUGAUGAGCUUCUCUUGGAAGACUUGGAGACUGAAGGAGAGAGGCAGCUGAAGAGCCUCCUUCACCACCAGCUUGAUACCACUGUCUCCAUCGAGCAGUGCAAGUCAAAGCAGAAAUGCUUUGCCCCUUCAGCAUUUUACAAGCCUUUUGGGGAAGAAGCUGCAGGAGCUUUGACCUUGUCACAGUUCCAGGCCCUGCAGGAGAGCAACAAAGAAACUGCCACUCUCCGGGAACUGGGGCUCUCCGACUCAGAGAUCCUGCUCUGGAAGAAUCGGGAUUCAACAGGGAAGGGCUCUGGGCUGGGAGCAGCCCCAGAAGCCACCCAGGACCGACUCCAUGCCAUCCAAGAGAAGAUGGAAGAGCGUCAGCGCAUCCUUGCUCUGCCCCAGAGGUUUGCUGGCAGCAAGCAGCUGAGCCGGCGGGAGAUGGAGAUUGAGAAUGCCCUGUUCCAGGGGACAGACAGACAUUCCUUCCUCCGGGCACUCUACCACCAAGAUGACACUCGGAGGAGAGUAACAGAUGAAAAUGACCCUAUGGUUGAUCUGGAGUGUGUUUACCAAGACGUGCUGAGCAAGAAGAGUCCUGAAGACAUCCAGCUUGCCAAGAGUGACCCAUGCUUUUGCCCUUCCCUGGCUGCAGAGGGGGCUGUGGCUCAGGAGUCAUCACUUCCUGACAAGGAAGAGCAGGCAGAACAGGCAAGAAGUCCCAGCGUUCCUGCAGCAAAGCCCCACCAGUCCCCCCCAAGGCUUGUGAUUAUCAGAGAUCCUGUAGAGUUUGUCCCAGAAGAGGAGAUCUGCAAGAACCGUCUCUCAGAGGAAGAACUUCGGCAUAUACCCAGGUUCUCAUCCUACCAUCCUGGGGAGCCAAGCAAGCAGGUGCUGUAUUUGAAGAACCUGGCCCCUCGGGUGACAAUGGAGGACCUGGUGUCCCUGUUUGCUCGGUUCCAGAAGGAGGACAGCCCCCCCAUCCAGUUCCGCCUCCUGAGCGGCCGGAUGAGGGGUCAGGCUUUCAUCACCUUCCCUGAUAUUCAGUCAGCUCAGGAUGCCAUGCUCUUGGUGAAUGGGUACAAUCUGCAGGGCAAGCCACUGGUGGCUGAAUUUGGGAAAAGCAAGAGGCAUUUGCCAAAGACUGACCCUGCCGUCCCCUACUCCUCUGCUGGAGAGAACCCCCCUGCUAAGUAAGGGAUGGAUAACUGGGAAACUCAUGAACUUGCAUGAGCCAUGGGAACAUCUUGGUCAUAACUGGGACAGUGAAGCACUGGUGGAGUUAUGGUGGAGGUCCAUAAAGCUCAAAGUGGGGAAAGGAGAGAGCUGGAGACCAGGCUCCUCCUUGGGAUAGAUGGGCACUGCCUUUACAUUGUUGGGCUGUGCUGGCUUUUUCAUCCUGUUCUACAUUAAUGUCUGCAUUCACAACACUUUGUGGAAAGGAAGGAGGAAGCUAUGUAAAUAAAUGUAUUUAUUAUGGUAUUCCCAUAGUUUAUUAACCCUUGUCCUGUGCAAGACUU